AUGGCAGACUCAAUCCCGACAUCCACUCUCUGCAAUGUCUGCACCGGCAUCUUCGCCGGAAAGUGGCAGCCUCAGCUGCAAGGCUGGAAGAGGGCCAUCAAGAGGCCUGGCGCUCCACCCGAUCCGUUCAACCCCGAGCCAGCAUUCGGAACGGCGUACGACCACGGCAUGGAGCCGUACAUACACCGCAGCGGCGCUCCACCGACGCUCUCGUAUCCGCACCGCUCGGUCGAAGAUCUGCGCACGUCGGGAGCGUCGUGUGCGCUGUGCCGGACGGUGGUGUUGUCGUUUGACGCUCUUCAUCCGCGGAACAACAUCAGCAUGGACUAUAUGGAGGGGCGGAAGCCGUAUGGUGUGGCUGCCUGGGCAAAGGAGGAGAUUGCAAAGGCCAAGGGUUAUGUCUUUAUAUACACUGAGAAGGACAAGACGAGCAAGCUCAUCUUCCGAUAUCAAGUUGAUGCGGAUUGGGCGGCGAAUAGGAACAUGGAUGUGAAUCCGAGAAUAGGAGAGCGCGAGGGCAACGUGAAGGAUGUUUCCCUAGACAUUCAUGGUAAGUUGAAAUCAAAUUGCGAAGAAGAUACAAUGAGAGAGCAGAAUGGGUUUCAUCUCUCUGGUAGUAGUAGUGGCCUUGAGCUGACGAGAAUUCCAGAUCUGUCCAAGGAGGAUAACAAGCACUUGAUUGAUUGGACGGAGCAAGGAAGCACCAUUGAACGAGUUCACCGGUUUCUUGAUGAGACGAGUGACUUUGCCAAGUAUCUGCCAAAGAGUCUUGUUAGAGAACUCCCGACACGCCUUCUCCAUCUGACUGCCGGAACGCCUGAGCCGACGGUGCGACUAAUCGAUGGAGCCAACGCUUCGCUCGACAUCAACACUCCCUAUAUCGCCCUUUCUCACAGCUGGGGCAAUACUAUGCCCAUUCAGCUGAUCGCAUCGAGGCUUGCCGAGUUUACCAGUGGGAUUGCGUUUAGUGACCUACCCGCGACGUUUCGUGAUGCCGCGGCUUUGACUCUUGAGCUUGGUGUCUCAUAUCUCUGGAUCGACUCCCUUUGCAUCAUCCAGGAUUCUGCUUCCGACUGGCUCCACGAAGCACAGCGUAUGGCUUCCGUAUACGCCUUCUCCCACCUCACUAUUGCUGCAUCAGCCUCCAAAAACCCUACCACUGGUCUGUCACCAAGCCCUCGCCCUCGAACCGUCAUCGUCCGCCCGACAUGGACCGGAUUUAUCCAGGAAUGGGGGCUGCAGCCCGGACAGACGCUCCGAAUUACCAACCCUUGGUACGAAGAAUUUGACAACACCAUUGUUUCUUCCCCCCUGAACCGUCGUGGGUGGACCUAUCAAGAAUAUGCGCUAUCCCCACGCGUGCUGCAUUGCACGGAUGGUGAAUGGUGGUGGAACACUAUCAGCGAUGGAAUCUACCGCGAGACGUCUACCAAACCAACAAGGUUCUUCACCGGCCCUGGCAGUAUCACCUGGCCGGAUAAACUCUCCUUUUUUAACAUUGACAGGCGUCGCCAAACACAUACGCCGGAUAUUUGGUUCUGGGAUUAUCUGACUUCUCAGUACAACCAACGAGCCCUGACGAAAAGAAAAGACAAGCUGGUAGCAUUUGGAGCAGUGGCUCAGCUCUUCGGUCAGAUCAACGGCCUGCCCGUGGACAAGCCUGGUGAAUAUGUCGCCGGCGCGUGGCGAAGUUAUCUGCCUUUCGGCCUGCAUUGGAGCACAGGGGAGAACGCAGAGCGUCAUGUGAGCCAGCCGGGCUCCGAAGACGAGCAGUACGUGAUUCCGUCAUGGUCAUGGGGCUCCAUAGAUGGACUGGUGCGUUUCCACGAUGGCAACUCGCUGAAGGAGACGCGAGACGAGCAAACCAAAGGCAUGCCGCGACUGGUGGACGUAAACGUAGUAACAGAAGGAGGGCAAUUCGGCCCAGUCAAAAGCGGCUACAUCAUACUCCACGGCCCAAUCUUUCGAAUCCGCGUGGCCAAAAAGCCAAGGGACCACAAGGAGAACGCAUUUUAUCGCGGGUUCAAGGUCCUGCGGAGUGACGGUACGGAAGCGUGGCAGCAUGAUGGGCAAGCUUUCUCUCUCGACACGUGGAAAGGCAGGUUGGACGAAUGGGUAGAUGACCGGGAGAUGUAUUUCAUGAUAGGGUAUUUUGAAAAGGACGAUGGAUACGGUUCAGGAUUCGCCAUUUUGUUGGAUCUUGUCGGGAAUGCAACAAACGAGAAAGGUGUGUUCCGACGGAUUGGAUCGACUCGGUUUUCUUUCGAUGGUCUCACGAAGCUUAUAAGUGAUGUAAGGCAAGAUGGCAACGAACCUCUGAGAGACGGGGAAUACAUUGACUUUGACCCCAAGACUGGAUUUUAUACUUAUAAAAUCGUCUGA